AUGACGUCUGCCACUGGCGCAAAUCUAAACACCGCGCGCACGGCGCUCAUCACGGGUAGCUCGGAUCCUCACGCAAUCGGCUUCACGGCUGCUCGUCUGCUGGCUCAGCAGCACAGCUUUAACGUCAUCCUCAGCGGCCGGCGCGCCCAAGCUGUCCAGGAAGCGGUCGUGAAGCUCAAAGAGGAGCUUGCUUCUUCUUCCUCCACUGCCCGGGUGUGUGGUCUUGUUCUCGACGUCGACGAUCAAAGCUCGAUCGAUGCAGCUGUGUUGCAAUUGUUGCAUCCGUCUGGUCCGCUUCUCGGUGGCGCGUUGGAUGUGGUGAUCAACAAUGCCGGUGUAGGUGCUCCGCCCGGCCGCGGUGGCAAGGGCACCAACACCAUGUUCCUUCAGACCGAACUCACCACCUCGGCCGACAUGAUUAAAGUGCUCACCACCAACGUCGCUGCACCGGUCGCAGUCACCAAUGCGCUGCUACCGCUGCUUUCCAGAUCGGACCGUCCAAGGGUGGUCAACGUCUCAUCGGCACGUGGUUCGCUGGCCUUUGGAAGCGGACUGGAAGCGGAAAGGACGGGUGCGAUGGUGUACAAUGCGUCCAAAGCAGCGCUGAACAUGGUCACACUCAUGCAGGCCAAGAAUCUGCCCAAGCACACCGGUGCCAAUCUCAAGGUCAAUGCCGCUUCGCCAGGACACGUCAAGACAGCGUUCAACAACUUUACGGGGCUCAGGUCGUUGGAGGAGGGUGCGGCGGUGUACGUGCACCUCUCCACGCUACCAGAUGAUGGUCCUACGGGCCAGCUGAUCGGCAACCAUGCGCCAUUCUCCACGGACGCUUCGUUCGUCCCCAUCCCGUGGUGA